CCCAAAUACUACCCUCCAAAGCGCAGAUUCAAAAGAAAAACCCAGAAAUGAUUACUACCGAAGAGCCGAUCAUGUCUAGACUCCAUCGUCUAGACAAAAUUUUGAAUCACUUGGAAGAAAGAAGAGGCAGUAGAACCAGGUCACCAAGGAGCUCGUAUGCGUCCACUACUACCUCAAGUGGGACCCUCACUAGUGGUGGGGACGGCCGGGUAUCGUCCACCGCGGAUUUAUCUCCGGAGAGCAUAGAGGAUCACUGCCUUCCGGUCGACGUCGUGGUGGUGGAGGCUGAGAUGAAGGGUACCCUCCUUGAGAGGCUGGUUCUCCUGGAGAAUCGAGUGCUUAAGCUGUGCGUGCAGUUUGAAGAAGAACUGGAGAGCGAGAAGGCGUUACCAGCUGCCCAGGUGAAGAAAAAGAAGAAGGGUCUAAAGCAGUUGGUUAAAUCAUGCGCGAAAGGAAGCAAGACUAAGGAAAUAUGAAACAAGGCAUGGAAAAUAGAUAAGCUAUGUAUAUACGGUUUUAGUUAUGGUUUUGGGUAUGUAGGAAUUUUAUGGCGCGCGCUACUUUUUCGAUCAAUUUACUUACGGAGUUUUUUUAGUUUGUACAUAUAUAAAAAGUGAACCAAGGUGUAUUAUACGGUUAACUAUA